AGUUCGGUCUCUUUGCAGCAGCCUGGAUCAACCAAUUUUAGCGGCCCAAAUCCAACUUGUCCCGCCGAACCACCAUAGCCCCUCCACCUCUUUUGCAAAUCUGGAUCUGGAUCUGGAUCAAACCUCGAUGGAUCGACCGAAAAAGCGGUCAGGGAGUUCCUCUCCGCCGGAGUCGCACGCCGGUUCAAGGCAGUCGACCUCGACGGAGAGAGAAGUGCGUUCUUCUCCUCAGGCUCAGUCGGCUUCAGCCUUAGGUCGAGCCAGAAAGCGACAAGGGCAUUCCUGCGCGCGGGAGUUGGUCGCCGGUUCGGGAGAGCCAACCUCGACGGCGAGAGAAGCGCGUCCUUCACCCCCAGCUCCGUCGGCUGCCGUUUUAGCUGACAGGUUGGGCCAUAAUGGUAUCAUUCUGCUGCUGUUUGAGACGCCCUCUGGCUUCGCAAUUUUCAAAUAUUAUGGCGUCCAACUCUUCCUACCAAAUGCUAAGGAGAAUAUCUGGUCAAAGUUCAUAAAUAAUGAUAAGACACGCCUUUUCAUUUGGCUGAAAGAAUUUAGAACAUUCAAUGACAAGUCCAAAGUCAUUAACCAUACUGGUAUUAGCACUCAUCUUACUGAGAUGAUCAAGAAGUGGCACCUUCCUGGCCAAAAGCUAGCUGUUGGAAAACUUGAGUAUAAAAAGGCCAUUGAAGCAAGAUUGGUCAGUAUAAGCUCCCUUCUUUGCUUAUGUUUGUGUAACAAUUUUGAGAGUUUUGCUGGGGCUUUUUUUCAGAAAAUACCGUGCCUGUUUAAUGAUGAAGUGCUGGAGGUGAUGUGGGGCCUGAAGAAUCUCAUGAGGAGUUUAAUUCCAGAAGAAACAUCAGAGCUGACUGAGGAGGACCGCCUCCAGAUGAGUUAUGGGAUGAAAACUGUCCUGGAUCGUUAUGGUUUUCAUGAUUUCAAACCUGAGAUGGUUAAUGAACGUAUUAUUGAGACAGCGGGUAUCUUGCAUGAUUGUGAUUUAUGUUUGAAAAAACAUUCUAAUUUCUUCCGUAGUCACGAACACCUUCUUUUGGAAGUGUCUCAAAUCGACACUCAGGGUUGGGGUUCAUGGAAACUUGCAACAGCUAUCAGGAUUGUAUGCUGCCCCUAUGUUACAACAACUGAAUAUGAAGAGAUAUUUACAAUGGAGGUACUGACAAAGUUGUUGGAUGAUUCUCCUGAAUACGAUGGCAAGAUCUUGAAGCGGACCUGCCUGAGAAUGUAUGGAGAAAUGAUCCGUGGCCACAAUAUGAAGGCUGAUGCACUAGAACAUAUGAAGUUAUUGGUCAGGGAAGCUAAAGAAGCUUAUGAAGCUGAACAAGCUAAAAAGGCAUAUGAAGCUGAACAAGCUACAAAGACACUUGAAGCUGAUCAAGGGGAAAAGCCUGUGCAUCCACAUAAGUCGACUGAGAGAAGAGUACCAGAUACUGAAGCUGCCAUCCAAGAGAUAAAGGAAGAAGUUGUCAACGGGGUGCCUGGGAAUCCACAUAAGUCACCCGAGGGAGGAGUACUGGAUACUGAAGCUCCCAUUCAGGAGGACAAGAACGUUGUCAAUGGUCCCCCUGGGAAUCCACAUAAGUUGCCCAAGGGAGGAGUACUGGAUACUGGAGCUGUCGUCCAGGAGAUCAAGAAAGAAGUGCUCAGUGGCCCCCCUUUGGAUCCACAUAAGUUGCCUGAGGGAAGAGGACUGGAUACUGGAGCUGUCAUCCAGGAGAUCAAGAAAGAAGUGGUCAAUGGGGCCCCUGGGGGGGGAUGCACAUAAGUUGCCUGCGGGAGGGAGUCCUGGGUACUGAAGCUGCAUUCGAGGGUCAGUUGCACACCUCGGAGCCCACGCAAGUCGACCAAGGGCAGCUUACUGGGUUCUGAAGCUGCCAUCGAUUGGCUCAAGAAAGAAGUCUGAAGUUUUCGCAGGACAUACACCUUGAGUGCAAGUUUCCUGUUAUUGUCAUUACUGUUAAGAUAUCGAUAUAUUUAGCUGUGAUGUGUGCCAGACCCGUUACCAUUUAGUGUAGAGUUUAUCCUGUGGUGUUAUCUGGCUCCUUAUCUUUUCUAUGUCCAUUGCAAAUCGCAGAUGAUAUAUUUAUGUGUCAUGUUUGGAGUCGCUUUA